CACACACACACACACACCAGCGAGACACUCAGUGACACUGCUUCUCCCUGAGGAUCACUCCCUGGAGCCUGUCUGUGUUAGAGGAUACCUGAAUCUGAGACCAGAACACUGUUCCUCCAGCAGAACCCCUCCCUUCAUCUGGACCCGGAGGUGCCAUGGCAGACCUAGAAACAGACAGCAACAGACUUGGAGGCACAAUGGCCACAGAGACAGCCACCAGAUUGGUGCACCGAAACAUGAAUAACACCAAGGCUGUGGAGGGCAACAGCGCUCUCUCCAGUGGAGAGGUCACUAACCAUGUGGAGAAGCAUGCUGAGGAUUUGAUACGGUGGAAGAAGCAUGUGGAGCGAGUGAAGAGUGAGGUGAUGGAUCAGAUGCAGGGGCAGCUCAGUGAUCUGCUAGACAAGGCCCUGACUGAAUCUGUCCAGACAUUCACACAGAACGGGAACCAUGGCAACAACCAUGUCAACAACAACCAUGUCACCAGGGACGGGACAGUCACCACCACUAACAACAACCCGCACAGAACCCACACGGAAAAGGAUGGAAAAGUAUUUAUGGACAGACGGUCCAUUCUAGAUGAGCUGUUUGAGAUCAACCACAUUCGGACCAUCUACCACAUGUUCAUCUCCGUGCUCUUCCUGUUCAUCAUCAGUACACUGACUGUGGACUACAUCGACCAGGGCAGGCUGGUGCUGGAGUUUGACCUGUUGUCCUAUGCUUUUGGGAAGCUACAUACUGUAGCUUGGUCCUGGCUGUUGAUGUUCAGCUACACGUUGGCCGUGCCCUACUAUGCCCUGGCUCUCUGGGGCGCUCUCUACCACCGCAGCCCACUACAGGUGGUACUGUCAGUGGGCGCUGGGCUGGUGCUCUCCGCCCUGCAGACCGCUGUACUGGGGGUAUUCCCUAUAUACGUGGUCUUUAACUACCAGCUGCCUCCAGCCUCACGAUUCAUCAUCAUACUAGAACAGAUCCGUUUCCUGAUGAAAAGCUACUCUUUCAUCCGAGAGAAUGUCCCAGUCGUCCUAAAACACAAGACAAAGGAAGGAGAGGGUCCCAGGUUCCCAACGUUCUCCAGCUACCUCUAUUUCCUUUUCGCUCCCACCCUCAUCUAUAGAGAGUCUUACCCCAGAAACCCACACAUUAGAUGGAACUAUGUUGGCAUAACCUUCGCUAAGAUUCUGGGCUCGCUGUUCUAUGGUUACUUUAUCCUGGUGAGACUGUGCAUCCCUGUCUUCAUGAAUGACAGCAACACGCCUUUCAGCACCAGAACACUGGUCCUAGCCCUUUUCCAUGCUACACUUCCAGGUAUGUUGAUGCUACUGCUGGCGUUCUAUGCCUUCCUCCACUGCUGGCUAAAUGCCUUCGCUGAGAUGCUACGCUUUGCAGACAGGAUGUUCUAUAAGGACUGGUGGAACUCGACGUCGUUUGCCAAUUACUACAGGACCUGGAACGUGGUGGUUCAUGACUGGCUUUACUACUACGGAUACAGAGAUUUUCUCUGGCUGUCCAGGAGGAAGUUCCGUACGGCGGCCAUGUUGUCAGUGUUCGCCGUGUCGGCCUUGGUCCAUGAAUAUGUCUUCACCCUGGGCUUCGGAUUCUUCUACCCCGUAAUGUUCUGUCUCUUCGCUUUCUUCGGAGUGGCAUUCAACUUCACUCUGAACGACAAGAGGCAGAGUCCUGUGUGGAACAUCUUGAUGUGGACCUGUCUGUUCAUUGGCCAAGGGGUCAUGGUGUGUCUGUACUGCCAGGAGUGGUACGCCCAGAUACACUGUCCUCGCACUGGGGCUAGCUUCUGGGAGUUGGUGACACCAAGAUCCUGGUCCUGCAGUAACCAGGAGGCGGCAGGAGGCGGCAGGUAGCUUAGUGGUUAAGAGGCGUUGUGCCAGUAACCGAAAGGUCGCUGGUUCUAAUCCCCGAGCCA